CGGCGAGGCCGCGGGAGGCCGCGGAGGAUGGAGGAGCGGAAGGAGGAGGGCGAGGCCGAGAUCCAGGAGCACGGGCCGGAGCACUGGUUCUCUAAGUGGGAGCGGCAGUGCCUGGCUGAGGCCGAGCAGGACGAGCAGCUGCCCCCCGAGCUGCAAGAGGAGGCGGCGGCCGCCGCGCAGCCCGAGCACAAGCAGCAGAAGCUGUGGCACCUCUUCCAGAACUCGGCCACCGCCGUGGCCCAGCUCUACAAAGACCGAGUGUGUCAGCAGCCAGGACUUUCUCUCUGGGUCCCCUUCCAAAACGCAGCCACCGCCGUCACCAACCUCUAUAAAGAAAGCGUGGAUACUCAUCAGCGAAGUUUUGAUAUUGGAAUUCAGAUUGGCUAUCAGCGACGCAAUAAGGAUGUGUUGGCUUGGGUUAAAAAGCGCAGAAGAACUAUUCGUAGAGAAGAUUUGAUCAGCUUCCUGUGUGGAAAAGUUCCUCCACCACGAAACUCUAGAGCUCCCCCAAGACUGACUGUAGUGUCCCCUAACCGAGCUACUUCAACGGAAACUAGCUCAUCUGUAGAGACUGAUUUGCAACCCUUCCGGGAAGCCAUAGCUCUGCAUGGUCUUAGUGGUGCAAUGGCUAGUAUAAGCGUGCGUUCGAGUACCCCAGGCUCUCCUACACAUGUAAGCAGUGGAUCGAAUGCUAGUCGAAGGAGAAAUGGACUCCAUGAUGUCGAUUUGAACACUUUCAUAUCAGAAGAAAUGGCACUCCACUUGGACAAUGGUGGAACUAGAAAGCGUACCUCAGCCCAGUGUGGCGAUGUCAUUACAGACUCACCAACCCAUAAACGCAACAGAAUGAUCUAAACUGCAAACAUUUUCACACCCACCAUGCUGCUUGAAAGCCACUUGAUCCUCAACAUAUACUAUUAUUGCAAAGGAAACAUGAGGCCAUCUUCCCUUGUUCACUGUUUAAGACAAGUGAAUUCUAUAGUGGUUGCCAUAAAAGGAAGUUCUAGGUAUUUACAGUAGAUGCCUCUUGUAACUAUGGCUUUCUUAAAACUAUAAUCCUAGCAGAGGACAUCAGAUACCGUGUAGUCAUUAGCAAGAUCAUCAUAGGCAAACAUAUAUCCGUUCCAAGGCUAAAAGUGACCUUAACUGUAUUUAUUCUCAAAGGGAAAGGAAAUAUCAGAUGUUUAUUUGGUUAUAGAAUGCUCCUGCCCCCCCAACCCCCCCUUUGGUCCAUUUCCUGCUGUGUUGAGUAUUUUGCUUCAACAGUAUUGCCAGGCUCCUAAAAUUAUCUCAAACCCACGAUUUGGCUUCCUUGUCAAAUCUGCAGGCUUCCAUUUUUUAAAAAAUUAUUAUUAUUUUUUUUUUUAAAUUUUUUUUUUAUGCAGCACUCUAUCACGCACCUGGGCUCUCGAGUCCCAGCGUGCGACCUCUAACAAUUGGACUGUGCCCUGUUUUUCGUUUUCCAAGCAGUUUCUAAUUCUGGUGAUUGUGUGAUGUAAAGAGGUGCUAUGAUGGUCAUGCAAUUAAUACUUAAUAUUGAAUCAAUACACAGAACUUUAACGGAUUCACUUUGUGUGUGUUAGCGCUCUAAAAGUAGCAAUACUAUUAAAUUGCCCCCAGACAGACCCCGUAGGCUUAAAAUACUCCCGUUCUAAGACGAGUACUACUUCCCAUGCAGGGUACUGUUCCUUAUGGUAAAUGUAAACACAUAGACUGCAUUCAAGGGGGACCUGAAGUAGAGAGGUCAUGAAGUUGGAGGAUGGGCUUUUUUUUGGGUUCAGUGUUAGCGAGAGGGAGACGGAUGGUGGGGGAGGGUAGGUAUUCCAGUCUCUUAUGUCCUGUAGUACAUUUUUCAUGAAUGCCCUACUUUGUGUGCAGUUUCCAUUGGAAUGGUGGAAGAUAAAGGUCUUUUACUGCUAAUAACGUGGUCAGAACUUAAGUAGCCGUCUCCAGUCCCUCUCCCCUAACAAGUGCAGUUUGGAAUCUCAUUCUGGAAGAGAUGGAAUCGCAUGGAGGCUCUCUAGAUGUUAGGUAGACCUAAAUAAAGGUUCCGAGUAGAUCCUCUGUCCCUAUAAGACCUCUUGUAGCCACAAUGUUUUAGAGCAUGUUUGAUUGUUUCCUCUUCAUUUUUAAUAUCUUGAACUGAAUGAUAGUCUUUUUUAGAUGAAGAACUGAUGUCAGCCUGCCAGGUACUGUAAUUUAUUCUAUCAUAUUAUUAUAUUAUAUAUCAAGUAGGACAGUGAAAAUGUUUCCUUGCAAACUUGUAGUCCAGUAUCAGUUAACUUCCUGUUUUUAUCCUGAAAAGACCAUUGCAGAUCAGUGUAAGGGUUUUUUCCAGUAAUUACUCACAGCACUUUGUUAAAGUUUGCAAUUCCUUCAGCCAUUUAAUAAUAAUCUUUCUGUGAAGAAACUUUACUGAGUUAACCAUAAUCUUCAUUGACUGGGUGGGAGGUGAAUGGAAUGUGUGAGCUGGAGUUCUGUACUCACUAUAGAUUUAGCCCUUAUUUAAAAAAAAAAAAAAAAAAAAGUCAAUUCCGUACUAGAACCAGGAACGAAAGUGCGGUGUUUCCAAAUUUUUGCAAAAGUGGAUCAGUUUUUGUUUGAAUAUAAUAGCAGGAAGAAUUACAGCAAUCUGUCAUUUUACGUGAAACAGACAAGCCUGUGUAUUAUGAAUACUUUUAAGCUUCCCUUUGGAAUAUGCCCAGAAAUGCAUUUGGAGUUACCUUUGUUUUUCUAUCGUUGUCAAUUUAGAUUCUGGAAUUGGCGUUUGGUGGUGUGAAGAGUUGCCCACAAGUGGCCAGAACUCCUCUUCCUAAAGGAUUUUGAGAUUGAGGAACAGAUGUAAAACCUCCCCCUUAUGCCUUGGUUCUAGUUCCUCCCUCCGAGUUGAAAAACAAUUUUUUAAAAAAUUUUUUGUUUUUGUUUUAGUUGGUGCUCUGACGCUUAAUCUCAGUACCCUUUACUCUUGAUUGUCAAAUUUUGAUAAAACAUGUGCCAUUUUCUUUGGUAAGAGAAAGCAGGUCUUAUGUCUGCCAGAACACGAUUUAUAUGCCUUAUUGGCUCCAUUAAACUUUUUAAAAACUUUA